AUGAUAAAUUACCAUUCAAUGGAAUCAAUCAAGAUUGUUGACAGUCUAAUCGAUCCGAAAAAUGCUGAAGAACUCAAAAGGACUAAAUCAGAUAUCGAGACCAAAAUCACAAAAAUCCAGAAGCUCAUUAAGAAUGAAAAUCAAAGCAAAACAGCUACAAACUCGAGACGUUCUAAAAAAGAGACAGAACUUAUGGGACUAACCGAAGACUUAUACAAGCAGUAUCAGUCACUUUCUGCACAGUAUGAUAAUGUUAUCGGGAAAGUGGUUUCUCCCAAAAGAAACAAGAUUUUAGCGUCUUCAUCUGACUCAGAAUCCGAGUACUUUUCCUCCGAGGAAGUAGAUGGUAUUAAUAAGAGAAGAUCAGAGAAAGAAAAAAGAAAUUUAUCUCACACGGUUAAGCAGGAACAGGAACCUGAUAGAGUCGAUGAUAGUAACGAGGUGAAGGAUCCUAACGAAAAUGUUGACAAUACAAAUGAAGUUCUUGAGAAUGAAGCACCCGUUGAGGCAAAAGAACAUGAAAGACAAUUAAAUUCAGUAAUGAACGAGAUGAGGAGCUUGAGCAACGAUAAAACGAAUCUAGAACUUCAAAUUGAUAGCCAAGCAAAUGAAGUUAAAGAGCUAAGCAUAAAGAAUACUGAGCUACAGAACCAUGUCGCGGAACUUGAAUCGUUGUUGAAAGAUAAACAAGGUGUGGUAUCUAACCUGGAGGUGAAACUUAAUAACAGCGAGGAACAAGCCAAGUCCAACAUUGUUAAAUUGAUGGCACAAGUCAAUGAGCUUAUACUUGAGACCAAAUCUAUGGAAACUCAGAAAUAUGAAAUGGAAGAAAGAAUAGAAAGCGAUAAAAAUGAAGCUUCUAUCGAAAGAGAGGAGUUGAUGGAGAAGCUUAACAGUAUGCAGCAAAAGUUAGAUUCUCAAGAGAAUCUGAACAAAGAAUUAGAAACUCAAAUGGAAGUAAAAGGGGAAGAAAUAUUGCAGUAUCUAAUGGAGAUAGAAAAUUUGAAGGAGAAAAUGGCCGAAACAAAAUCAGUUGAACAGACAAUGUUAGAAGAGAAAGUAGGUUUUCUUGCGGUGUUAAAGGAGAUGGAAGUCGAAUUGGAAACUCAAAGCCACCAGAAAAUUGACGUGGAAGAACAGUUAAGAGAUACAACUUAUGAGCUUAAGCACAUGAUGAAUGAAAACAAGGCCUUGCAGGACAGAAACGAUGAACUGAAAGCAGCGAUGACACAAAGAGGGGAAGAGAUAACUAGUUUUUUGUUGGAAAAUGCUAGCGACGAAAAUGGAGCUUCUAUGGAGAUCAUGGCUUUAAGAGCUCAAGUUAAUGAUAUGAGACUAGAGUUGGACAGUAUGUAUGAACAGAAGAGCAAGUUGGAGCUCCAAAACGAGCGAAACCAGAACGAAUAUGCAGAAAGCCUGGCAAAGAUGGAAAACUUGAACACGAAGUUGGCAGCGCAGAUAGGUGAUCUCGAGAAUACUAUAAAGGAUCAGACGUUAACCAUUGAGCGAAUAAAUGAGGAGCAAAAACAAACUGUAAUCACUUCGAAUAAGAAUCUGCGGACGACAGAGAAAAAAAUGGAAGAAUUGGCUGAAAAGUUGAGGAAGAAAAUGGAAGACAAUAUCCGGUUACUGCACCAGAGGAUCCAUGUGGCAGAACAACUGAACAACGAAAACAAAAACAGCUGCAAAUUAACAAAUAUGAGGUACGAGCAAGAGAACAAGACUCUUGGAGAGAAAGUUGCUAUUUAUGAAGAUGAACUAAGAAGGCUUAAAGAGGAAACUACAGCUAGGGAAGAAGCACCCUCCUCACCACUGGUUGAUCGAAUGCGGUUUGAAUUUGAGGCUGCUCUAAAUGGAUUAGACGUAGCAGCUGUAAAACUCGAGGAACACAGAGAAUGCAUCAUGAGCAAUGUGUCUAAAAUGCUGUGUGAAAUUCAGUUAGCUAAGGAUUGGAUAAAGAAAAUGAACGCGGAAAUGAGACAAUUGAAGGACAAUGUGGAUGGUCUAACGGCGUUACUGAGUGAAAAAGAAGAGCAGGAGUUACUUUUGAGAGACAAGGUAUGGAAUUUAGAAGCCACAGUGAGCAAAGAAGGAGGAGAGAAUCUGAACUUGACAAAUGCAGUGAAUCACCUUGAAAAGAAAGUCGUGAAAUUGGAAAAGAAUCUGAAAGAGAAAGACGAGGAUUUGGACAGUCUCGGAGAGAAAAAGAGGGAGGCGAUAAGACAGUUAUGUAUGGUUGUUGAGUUUCAUCGCGACCGUUGUAACUAUCUUGUGAAUUUGGUCUCAAAUAUGAGAAAUAAUAAUAAGACAUAA